AUGACUCAGCCAGUACCGCGAACUGGACCUUCGCAGUGUUCCCAGAUAGAAACAAGAAGAACAAGAAUCCAUACCUCAACUAUCGUACCUUUCGUUUUGCAUUGA